GUUGUUUUGCCUGUGCUGUUAUCGAUCAUUUUGUUCAGGCCUACGUUAUUUGUUCGCAAAGGAGUUCAAGUCAGCUGUCGUUGCAUGGAGUGAAGGGCAGUGCCAGAGUAGGAAUGGAAUCCCAGCUGAGGGAGUACCGAGCUCGCAAGGCACGGGAGAAGAUGGAAGAGGAACGCAGUAAGCAAAUGGGAACAUGGACACACAUUUGGGGAACAAGGGCCACAGCUGAGAGUCAGGAUACCAGAGACAUGCCAUUGGAAGCUACUGCACAGAAGCUGACGACCCCCACUCUCAACAGCCCUCAAGAGUACGUUCCCAGGAAUUACUUUCUACGGUUUCUUGCCCAGGAUGACUCUAUUCUCACCAAUUUGACCUUCUUGAAAGUCCUACUAUGGAUUGUCCUCUUCGUUCUCUUCCUUCACCUCGAGUUUGCGGCUGUGUUUGUGGUUGCCUCAUUCUUGUACAUUAUUUACUCAACCUUGGGAACCAGUCGGAGAAGGGCACCGGGGGAACUCAGUGCGUACUCGGUGUUCAACCCAAAUUUUGAACAGAUUGAAGGAACUCUGACCGCUGCGCAGUUUGAGCGGGAACUGAAAUAUGGCAUAGGGUCAACAAACAAAUGAUAAUAGAAGUUGGAUACAUGUGAAAGAUUUCUAGCUCCAGAUGGGCUUCCAUUUCAUGCCCAUGAGACAUCAUGGUUGUCUGUUUGGAUGAUGGUUUGAGUGUUGUCUUUUUAACUUGUGAACAACUCUUAUGCUGAAAUGCCCACAAAUAAGAAACAAACCUGUACAUUUACUGUUGGUCUCAUGGAUAUAUUUUAGUCAAAACCUGGGAGUAUUCUUACACAUUUCUGCAUACAUGUACAUGUCUCAUUGUUUCUGCAAAGAAAAGGUCUGAAGUCGGAAAUAACCAUUAUUAUACCCAGUUACAUCUUAACAAAGUGUUGCGAUGUUGAUAAAUGCAUUAGAAAAAAUCAGUAAAAUAACAUGUACAUGUACAUGAUGCCUGUUCCAGACAUUUCUAUUUUUGUUUUUCAUGGGAUAUUAUCAUUCCACGUCACGUCGCCUUUAGUUGAGAUAGAUUCUGCUAGGAUCAGACCUCUGAAUGUCCAGCUUUGCCGGAUGAGUUUGAAGUACAGAAGCAUUCUUCAACUGUGCAGUGGCUAAUAUUGCAUAUACAGCUGAAGUACCUGAAGCAUGCGCAGCAUUCAAAGUGGCAGUAAUGCAUCAAGGGAGGGGAGUUGUCAAAGUGAUAACCAUAGCUCUGUAAUUACCCCUUCCACUGGUGGCCCCUGGACUGGGUUCUUUGUCUGCUAAAUGUACCCCUACGAGUUUUCCUUGUACUAUUUUGUGUGCCUUCCUUAAACCUGAAAUGAAAAUAUCUCUGUCUUCUAUCAGUGUUUUUCAUGUGGCUGACUCUGCCAUGUCAGAGUUGAGAUACAUUAUCCAAUCAGGUUUGAACAAAGAAAUACGAAAAUAUUCAUUCCUUGAGAAUAGAGGAAAAGGCAUGUGAA